UGUCAGCACCAAUAUCCCUUAAAGCCAGAGGCAAUACUUGGUAUAAAACCAGUGUUUGAGUCACUAUUAAGAGAAGGAAUAAUAAUACCAUGCAAUGAUUCUCCAGUGCGCACUCCAAUUUUUCCUGUGAAAAAGAUAAGAGAAAAAGGUCAACCCACAGAGUGGCGUUUUGUACAAGAUUUACAGGCAGUAAAUGCAGCUGUCUCACCGACUCUGUAUAACGAAGCACUUCGAAGAAGUCUGGAGCCUUUGACCCUGACAGCUGGAACUGCUUUGUUACAAUAUGUGGAUGACCUUUGUCUGUGUGCUAGAGAUGAGUCUACGUGUGUAACUGAUACUGUGACUCUCCUGAAGCAUUUGGCUCAGGAGGGCCACAAGGUCAGUAUGGCGAAGCUGCAGUUUGCGAAGCAGCAGGUUACAUUUCUAGGGCAUGUAAUAACACCCAAUAGCAAAUCUCUGUCUGACAAAAGGGUUAAGGCUAUAAAAGAUGUACCAAAACCACUCACAAAGAAACAAAUGCUGUCAUUUCUGGGUAUGUGUUCCUAUUGUCGAACAUUUAUUCCAAAUUAUGCAAUUCUUGAGCAGCCUCUGAGAGCCCUAACAAUAGGGAAGGGGUUGAAGUCAUGUGACAAAAUUGAGUGGACAGAAGAGGCAGAAGAGGCAUUUGUGAACAUGAAAGUUCAGCUGUCUCUGGCGCCAACUUUGGGCCUGCCAGUACCAACCAAGCCUUUUGUUCAGAUGGUAGAUGAGAAAAAUGGAUUUAUGACUUCUGUGUUAUUGCAACAUCAUGGAGACAGAUUGAGACCUGUGGCCUAUUUUUCAAGCAAACUAGAUCCAGUUGCAGCAGGCCUGCCACACUGUCUGAGGGUGGUGGCAUCUGCUGAACAGGCCGUAAUGGCGUCUAGAGAAUUUGUAGGUUACUCUGACCUGACAUUGAUGGUGCCACACGCAGUGUCCAUGAUUUUGCAAGAACAGAAAACAUCGCAUUUAUCAAUGGCUCGGUGGUUACGAUAUCACACUAUCUUGCUUGAUAUGCCGAAUAUCACUGUUAAACAAUGCACGACGCUGAAUGCUGCUACUCUCCUUCCGACGGAAGCGGAUGGGGAGGAGCACCAUUGUUGCUUGACUGCACUUGAACAGGUGUGUACGCCACGUCCAGAUCUUUCUGAUGUACCGCUUGAAAACUGUGAGAAUGUCCUCUUUGUGGAUGGCUCAGCUUUCAAAGAUCCACAAACAGGCCUGAAUAAAGUUGGCUAUGCUGUAACGACUGAAUUUGAAGUUGUGGCUUCUGGCUCAUUGCCAUCAAAUUAUUCAGCACAAGCAGCGGAGCUUGUGGCCCUAACAGAGGCGUGUAAACUCAUGACAGACAAAUGUGCCACUAUUUACACGGAUUCGCGCUACUCAUUUGGGGUUACACAUGACUUUGGCGCACUGUGGAAACACAGAAAAAUUUUAAAGUCAGAUGGGCGCCCAAUAUUGAAUGCUCCUCUUGUAGCAGCUUUGCUGGAGGCUAUCUUGCUGCCAGAGAAGAUAGCCAUUUGUAAAUGUGCAGCACACACAAAUAACAAAGAUUUUGUAUCUACAGGAAACGCCAGAGCAGACGCAGCUGCGAAGGCCGCGGCAGCAGAGUAGACAAAAGAAACAGAGUGUACUAUGCUAUCUGAAAGUAACCCUGACAUUUAUUCUUCCUUACAGAGCAUGCAGGCAUUUGCCUCUGGGGCAGAAAAAGACCAGUGGAGGCACUGCGGCUGUAAAGUGAAGGAUGGUGUCUGGAUGAGCUGUGAUGGCAAGCCUUGUUUACCUCGACACUUCUUUACUCAUUAUGCUAAGUCAAUGCAUGGGAAAGACCAUGCAUCGAAAGGGGGAAUGAUUGCACAAAUGAAAGAAUUGUGGUUUACGAAGGGGUUUACAACAUUUGCUGAACAUUUUUGUAAAAGAUGUGUCAUUUGUAACACUCAUAAUGUGGCAAGAGGCAUAAAAAUGUCCCAAGUAUCCCAGCCGGCACCGACAGGGCUUUUUGAAUAUCUACAAAUGGACUUUAUUGAACUAUCCCCAUGUGAAGGGAAGAAAUAUUGUCUGGUAAUGGUUGAUAUGUGGUCCAAAUGGGUGGAGGUCUUC